AAAAAAAUUAAAUAUAGUAGUAGUACUACGUAAUAUUAUAUUAUAUUUAUUUAGAGCUACUACUCGUAUAUAUAAAUCUUCCAAAUUACAAACUAUUAACAGUUCAAAAUACAUAAGCAAAAUGGAUGAGAGGGAGAUGGAAGAACUAAGAAGCUACUUUAAUGGUGGGAAUACAAGAGAAGCAACAUGGAGGAAACAACAAUUGAAAGGUUUACUAAAGUUUUUAGAGGAGAGAGAAGAAGAUAUAUUUCGAGCUCUUAAGCUCGAUCUCGGUAAACACCCGGUUGAAUCAUACAGAGACGAGAUAGGAACACUGAUCAAGGAUGUCAAUGUAGCAUUAGAUAACUUGAGAAAUUGGAUGUCCGGUAAAAAGAUUAAAUUACCUCUAGCUGCAUUUCGCUGUUCAGCAAACAUGGUCCCGGAGCCUCUUGGUGUUGUGCUCAUAAUACCAUCUUGGAAUUUCCCAUUUGGUUUAUCAUUAGAGCCAUUGAUAGGUGCAAUAGCAGCAGGGUGUACAGCAGUGAUAAAACCAUCAGAAUUAUCCCCUGCUUCAUCUGCACUUCUUGCUGAAGCCAUCCCAACUUACAUUGAUUCUGAAGCUGUUAAGAUCAUUCAAGGUGGAGUUGAUGUUUGUGGCCAACUCUUGCAGUAUAAAUGGGACAAGAUCUUAUUCACAGGAAGUAGUCGAGUAGCACGAGUAGUCAUGACUGCUGCUGCGAAGCAUUUGACACCAGUAGUCCUGGAAUUGGGUGGAAAAUGCCCAUGUAUCAUUGAUUCUCUACCAAAAUCUUGGUUAAAAGAGGUUGUCAUUAACCGACUGUUAGGAGGGAAAUUUGGAAUGUGCAGUGGUCAAGUAUGUAUUGGAGUGGAUUACAUCCUUGUAGAAAAACAACUAUGCUCAUCUUUGAUUGAGCAGUUGAAGGAAGGAAUCAAGAGAACUUUUGGGGGAAAUCCAGAAGAAUGUGUUGCAAGAAUAAUCAAUAAAGACCAUUUUAAGCGAUUAACGGGACUUAUUGAUGAAUAUGGAGUUAGACAAUCUAUAGUCUAUGGUGGUUCAUUCGACGAAGAUAAGUUGUUUAUUGAACCAACUAUUUUGGUGGAUCCUCCACUUAAUGCUGAAAUUAUGACCGGGGAAAUAUUCGGGCCAUUGCUCCCAAUAAUUACGUUGAAUAAUAUUGAAGAAAGCAUCAAUUUCAUAAAUUCAAGGCCGAAGCCACUCGCAAUGUAUUGUUUUACGGACAAUAAUAAAUUCAUGCAACGAGUUGAAACUGAGACAUCGUCUGGUUCAUUGUUAUUCAAUGACACAAUUGUUCAGUAUGCGGCCGACACGGCCCCAUUUGGAGGGGUGGGAGAAAGUGGAUUUGGAAGAUACCAUGGCAAGUUUACAUUUGAUACAUUCAGCCAUGAGAAACCUGUGUUGAAGAGAUCAUUAUUCCCAGAUUUUUGGUUUCGUUAUCCUCCGUGGACCAAUAAGAAGCUAGAACUCUUGAGAGCUGCAUUUGCUUUCCAAUAUUUCUAUGUACUUCUAAUUGCUUUGGGUUUAAAGAAGCCUAGGAAACUUCCUACCCAUAUUUAAGCAUUUUAAAUUAAAUAUUGUAUAAGUGUAACGGUAUAAGUAUGAUAUAUUCUAUAUUUUAUUUAAGUC